AUGGCCAUGCCCAUCUCUCCCCAGCCUUUGGCUGUGGGAGAGCCAUCUCCAGCCCUUAAAGAGAGCAUACAAAACCCUACAAAUCAAAUAACAUAUGCCACACGUCUAUAUCAAUCCAAAGCAGCAGCAAAUUUGAACCAAACACAACUAAAACCUAUUGAACUUGUUCAUGGAGUACCAACAAUUCAAUUUUCCAUGGAUGAACGUAUGGAGUUUUCAAAGGAGGAGGGACUACAUCAAGCUAUUGUGGUGAAACAGUCUUCAAAUGUUCCAGAUUUACCAACAAUGAGAACCAUACUGCCAAAAAAUUUCGGCAUCAAAGGACAAGUUUUGAUCGGCCAACUUGCGCCAAGGCAGUUGCUCGUUAGGGCUGAUCAACAUGAAGAUUUUGUUAAUUCACUUGCUAGGGCAGUCCAAUAUUUUAAUCACAAUGGAAAGGAGCACCAAAUUAGAGUUUUUCCAUGGUCAGUUGGUUUUAACGGAAACGAGGAGACGACGAAGGCAAUAGUUUGGAUCUCUUUUCCAAAACUGCCGACGGAGUUGUUCGCAAAGAAUGUGUUGUUGUCCAUAGCUUCAGCUGUUUGCAAGCCCAUAGCUAUUGAUAAAGCUACUCAGAUCAAGUCUCGCCCUUGUACUGCUAGAGUUAAGGUGAUCCUCGAUUUAUUGGACAAUUUACCUUAA